CUACUUCGUCUUAGGCUUUAAUUUGUGGCACCAUACCAAUCUAUCCAUUGGGGUACCCUAUACUUUGCUCUCUGUAUAUUGGGGUACGGGACUACGGGGUACCCUAUACAAUAUUAAUGCUCUCUCUAUAUUUCUUCUCUUCUUCCAUUUUCAGGCCACACUAUGCCAUUGUGCUCUCCGAUUUUCCAUCAUCUAUGCUACAACUUCUUUUUUUCCGCUCUCUUCAUUUUUUCGUCCAUGGCUUGUGAGCUCAAGAUUUUGCUCGUGGUGUCAGUACUACCAUUGGUUUCUAUUUUGAUACCAUUGGCGAAUGCAAAACCACAAGUACCUUGUUACUUCAUUUUCGGGGAUUCGUUAGUGGAUAAUGGCAAUAAUAAUGACCUUGAAACAUUGGCGAAAGCUAAUCAUGUGCCUUACGGUAUUGAUUUCCCUGCCGGUCCUACUGGAAGAUUUUCCAAUGGUCGAACUAUGGCAGACUUUCUUGCUCAACUCUUGGGGUUUGACAAAUUUAUUCCACCCUUUUCAACUGCAAUCGGCACAGAAAUCCUCAUGGGUGUAAAUUAUGCUUCCGCUGGAGCUGGAAUUCGUGAUGAAUCCGGGAAAAGAUUGGGUGAUCGGAUUAGCAUGAACAAGCAGUUGUUAAAUCAUCUAACCACAGCAUCCCGAAUCGCAGUGUUAUUGGGAAGUAAAAAUGCAGCUGCAAAUUACCUAAGCAAGUGCUUAUAUUCAGUUGGAAUGGGGAGCAAUGACUACAUUAACAACUACUUAAUGCCGGAGUUUUUCCCGAGAAGCCGCUUAUAUGACCCUCAACAAUAUUCAACAACCCUCAUUAAACAAUACUCAAAACAGUUAAGGACUUUGUACAAGUACGGAGCAAGGAAGGUAGUCCUCUUGGGACUAAACAAAAUAGGUUGCAUUCCAGCUGAAAUCACUAUUCAUUACAGAAAUAGAUCUUUGUGUGUGGACAAGAUUAACUCUGACGUCCAACUUUUUAAUGACAAGCUCAUUUCCCUAGUUGAUAUCCUCAAUAAUGAUCUCACUGGCGCAAACUUCAUUUAUGUAAACAUGUCCCUACUUUCAUUGGGGGACUCAUCUUCUACUGGUAUUACAGUUAUGAACUCUCCCUGCUGCAAGGGAAGGUGUACUCGUAAACAAGUACCAUGUACUAAUCGGAGCACGUAUGCCUUCUGGGACCGAUACCAUCCAACUGAGGCUGCAAGUUCCUAUCUCGCCUCAAGAGCAUACGCUGCUCGAACUCCAUUUGAUGUUUAUCCAUUUGACAUCCGCCGCCUUGCUCUGCUAUAGCUCAACUA